AUGCAAUCGAUCGAUCUUACUCUGGGCUCAGGUAAGCUCAGUUCGGACUCGGUAAUAGGCCUCAACGAGGCCAUCAAGUACAUUUUCAAGUCGAAAAAGGCCACCAUCAUCACGGGCGCGGGGAUUUCAUGUAAUGCAGGCAUACCAGACUUCCGCUCCGACGACGGCUUGUACAAUAUGGUGAAGCACAAAUACCCCAAGUCGAUUGUGCGGGGCCAGGACUUGUUUGACAUCAAUUUGUUCCGCGAUGACGUCUCGUUGAGCAUUUUCUGCACGUUUAUGGAGUCGUUGUACAAGAGCAGUUUGCGCGCUCGGCCAACGGAGACGCACAAGUUCAUCAAGCACUUGAAAGACAAGGGCAAGUUGUUGCGAUGCUAUACCCAGAAUAUCGACUCGUUGGAGCAGAAUUUGGACUUGAACUUGGGGAUCGAUUCCAAUGAGUUUGACGAAGGAAGAUUUAGAGAUAAUUGGUCGAAACUCGACGUGGUUCAACUCCAUGGCAAUUUGCACAAGCUAUCCUGCACGAGCUGCUUCAGCCAGUUUGAAUGGAACGAGGAAUUCCAAAGACUAUUGAAUGAGGGCAAGAGUCCCGAGUGCUCAAGGUGCUACGACAAGUACCAGGAGAGGCUAUACCUGGGAAAGCGGUUAACGGGACAGAUUGGUAUAUUGAGACCCGAUAUUGUCUUGUACGGCGAGAACCACCCGCAGUCGGAAAUCAUUGGGCAAGGCUUGAACUCGGACUUGAAAUCGAAGCCUGAUUUGUUGCUCAUUAUGGGCACGAGUUUAAAAGUCGAUGGAGUCAAAAAAUUGGUGAGAAGCUUGAGCAAUGAAGUGCAUAAAAAGGGAGGCAAGGUUGUGUUUGUCAACAAGACCAAGUUGAGCAAGAGCUGGGAAAAAUGGGUCGAUUAUGAGGUUCUUUGCGAUUGCGACGAGUUUGUGAGGAUAAUGAAGAAACAAGUACCGGACUUGUUCUUAACUCAGGAACAGAUUGAUUCAAAGAAGUUGAAAAACAAGGCCGAGCAAGUAUUGGUUGAUCAAGAGGCGUUUGCAGCACCAGUGGCCAAUUUCCAAAUCAAACGGGAAAAAGGAGUUGCAAUUAAGCAAGAGCUGUUUGAUAAUUUCGACAUUUCUAGUCGAGAGUUUCCAGAUGUCAAGGUUAAACUCGAACCGGGAUCAGAGGAGGAGCCCCUGAGGAAAAACGAAAUCAAAAUCAAAACUGAAAUCAAAACUAAAGUCAAAACUGAAAUACCCACACCGCCAGUAACUCCAACCAAGAAACGGAAAAGUUCUUCUAGUGCAACUGCUCCAUCAAAAAGGUCAUUGAAAAGGCGAUCAGCCAAUGACUCAAAUCAAGAAGACGUGGAAAACAGAACGAAACGACUCAAAAGUUCACUUUUACCUACCCCGGCAACUUCAUUCUGCGAUGACGAGUCAGCUCCUUUGAAGUCGUAUCUGCUGCUGCAAUUGAACCGCAUUAUAAUUAUUGACUAA